AUGGAUGACCUACUCCCUCCAAGAAUUGUUCGAAUCGCCCGCCAACUAUCGGUGACACCAGUCGAGCUUAUUGAGCCUAUCCUCGCCGACCUCCCAUAUCACCGUAUUCUCGACCUCUUAGCAACUCAGUAUGGCGCCGGAUCACAUUACGGCACAGCACUUCAGUCCGCUAUCAGCAACAGUAAAGCCUGGGCGGCACUACGCGGUCAAGACCUAGCCCGAAUGGCGGCACUCUGGGUGGCCCUGAACAGGCUCUCGUUGUUGUCAGAAGGGCAACUUGUUAUGGCGACGCCGGCGGACUCCGAGUUGAGACCUCGUCACGCCAACGAUUCAUCCUCGAGCAUGCAGAAUUGGCCGCGCCUCGCCUCUCUUCUUGAGAAUGAUCUGAUUCGCGCAUUUUCCAGGGUGACACUUCAGAAGGAAAAGUUUCGGGAUCGAGGCACCAAGCUUUAUGCUGUGACACAGUACCUCCCUGAGCCCGAGACAUCUACGUCCUCCCAACAUCCGAGGACCGUUGCGGAACUUCGCGCCAAAGGCUGGCAACCCAACGACUGCAUCGAAAUCAUUCCACGUCUUGCCGAGGCACAGAAGCUUCUCAAUGAAGCAAAGGCAUCAGAACUUCACCGCCUGGCCGACCUUUACGAGCAGUUUCCGACCUAUCUGAAGACCCCUUUGGCACCCCAGACCCCUCGGAAGAAUAUUGCCCACGUUCCUCGACAAUUACGUUUCUACGCACGAAAACCGGAUCGUACUGUAUGGUCUUUUCGGUACGCCCACCCGAUACUAGUCCCAUACGAUUGGUGUUUCCAGCUAUUUGACGCUGUCAACCAAGAAUUGGAAUACUCCGCGGACCUGCAGAAAACGAGAGACGGUAUUCAGAGCAUUCAAACACUCGAAGACACCCUCCCGCGCUUGAAUUCGACCAAAGGACAAGAGGUUCAAGAGAAAAAGCACACCAUACCGAGUUCUGCUUCAGAGCUCGAAUGGCUCGAAUCCUUCAUGCGCAUCAUUGAACAAAUGGAAGGCCAGUUCCCCGAUUUAGCUGCAAGCAUCAAGGAGAGGACGGCAGAUCGGUCUUUAGACACAACUUCCGACAACCCUCCUGACACUGUCAAGAGACCCAAGACCCCUUCCAACGUUCUUCUAGAACCAUCUGACUUCCACCAUUUCAUUACAAACUCACGCUACCAAGAUGUCGCAGUACAACUUCGAUAUGAUUUUGAGCUCUCAAAAAAGGCUAGCAGAGGCGCAACAGAGCUUCCCAGCCUCGUCGCGCUUUACAUGCCUCCGUUCUCUGCGAGGGAAUCCAGAAAUGUCGCAUAUUCCAUAUGGCCUACGCUCGAUCUCGGUAUGCGCCAACUGCUGUUUGAACAAAUGAUUGAGACCAUCAAGAAGAAACUCUCCGAAACGCCCGACUCAGCUGCUCCUGAUGGUCUGCCUGACGAGCUUCACCAGUAUGUGCCCAGCGGCACUCGCCAGCGAACUUGCUACGUCUGCCGAAUGGUUCUCGAUAAACCCCACCAAAAGCUGGCAUCAAUGUGCAUACCUUGCGGAGAAUUUAAUCUCGCAGAAAGAGCCUUGUCGCUUCCUGAGAAUCUGUCACUCAUUGGGAAGACGGCCGUUGUCACGGGUGGACGUGUGAAUCUCGGCUUCCAAACGGCUCUGCGACUGCUCCGGUGCGGCGCUGCUGUGAUUGUGUCGUCGCGGUAUCCCGAGGAUGCCCUCUCGCGGUACCGACUGGAGUCUGAUUUUGAGGACUGGGCUGAGAGGUUGAGAAUUGUUGGGGCGGACUUCCGAACAGCAGCUGAUGCUUUCGCCCUGGUUCAAAGCAUCAGGAGAAUCUUACACGAAGAAGGAUGGGUCCUCGAUUUCCUGAUCAAUAACGCCGCCCAAACUCUUACUGAUCCAGUUGAGAAAGAGCAGCAUGCCAUUGAACGGGAGAAAUCGCUGCUUGGAGACACCUCGGACGAUGGCCAAAAAGUGGUCGUACGCCAAGGCUACUCGGCUCGCGUACGCGGUGGUGCCGGUGGUCUUCUGGGCGGUAUGGCCGGAGGAGAGCCUGGCCGCAUUUCUGCGCCUUCGGCUCCUGACAACACGUUCCUUGCUGGUCCAAUGUCCGAGCUGCAAAUAUCUGGCACAGACAAAGAGACACCAGCCUCGUCAUCUUGGGUUCAGUCUCUCUCAGAUAUACCCUACGAAGAUAUUAUCACCGCUCAUAGCGUCAAUACCUUUGUGUCACUCAUCUUGAUUCGAGAGCUGUUGCCCUUGAUGCGAAAAGGGGGCCACAUCGUCAAUGUUUCAUCCAGAGAGGGCUUGUUUGAGUCAAAUCAACGCAGCUCUGCCAAGAAGAGCAAGCAUGUCCAUACCAACAUGUCAAAGGCUGGACUGAAUAUGAUCACUGAGACCGAGGCACCCACCGCUUGGAAACAAGGAGUAGCCAUGAACACUGUGGAUCCGGGAUACAUGAGUGCCGCGCCAGAAUAUGAAAAUGCGUAUAACGGCGAGCGACCUAUUGGCUGGGAGGAUGGUGCUGGCCGCGUUUUGUGGCCGAUUGCUAGGGUUGAAAGGAAAACAUUUCCUUCUCCUCCUAUUUGGGGACGGUUCUUGAAACAUUACGGUGCGAUCAGAGUUGAUACCCGACUUGGUCGUGGAUGA